AUGUCUGCAGGAGCGAAACAGAGGCUCAUGAGCGAGUACAAGGCCCUUGAGAGAGAGAAGUGGCUUAAAAUUGAGCUCUGCGAUGGUGGUUCCCUCUUCAGAUGGAACAUUGGGUUGAUCGUCGUCAAUUCUGAAAGUGCAUUCAAUGGUGGUUACUUCAAGGCCGAGAUGACCUUCACCGACAAAUACCCCUUCUUGCCACCGACCUUCAAAUUUGUGAACCCAAUAUACCACCCAAAUAUCUACUCCGAUGGGAAGCUGUGCAUCUCCAUUCUGCACCCACCGGGUGAAGAUGAACAAUCCGGAGAGCUGGCUAGUGAGCGUUGGUCCCCUCUCCAAGGGGUGGAGUCUGUUCUACGUUCUGUCCUCCUACUUCUCGACGAUCCCGAAAUUUCCUCCCCAGCCAACGUCGACGCAGGAGUCAUGUACCGGGAUAGCCGGGCCAACUACAACCAGAAAGCGAAGGAGGCGGUUGAGUCCUCUAGGAAGGAUAUCCCGGAAGGUUUCAUUAUGCCAACCACUCUCGAGUCGGCUCCUCCGAAGGACAUCCCUGAUGACGACACCUUCUGGAACGAGUCCGAGGCGGAAGAGGAUGACUUUGGGGCUAGUGAUAGUUCAGGGGACGAUUUCGACGAAAUGGACGAGGAUGAAGAGGGGGAGGAAGAAGAGGAGAGCGAGGAGGGACAGGAAAUGGAAGAAUAA